UUUCAUUGUGUCUCUUAACCGUCUGUUUGCUUGCACCAUCAGGGGUCCAUUCAAUAAUACGGCCUCCUAUCGUUGCUGCAUCUCCUGCCCUCCGUAACGACCAAUGCGACGUUCAUCGGCGUCAUGCACCCCUCCAACCGCGAUGACCCUCUAUCAUUCACUCCCUCCUUCGCCCAAACAUCCAUCGCUUCUUCUCCUUCACCCCCUCCCCCGCCGACCAUCGAUCCUACGCCCUGGUCAGACCACCUAAACAAUUCUUCCACGGGUGCGACUCCUCUGCCAGCUUCUCCUUCCGCUCUGUCCUCGUCGCGACUCUCGCCGUCGAAUGCGCCCCCGCGUUCGGAUCCCUCCCAGGCGCAUUCGACCCCUCGACGCACCACCAGCUCCAACUCCUUACGAGAUGAGUGUCGCGGGUCCGCGCCCAGCCUAAAAAAGCGCUCGUCGACUGCCUCGCUGCGAUCGAUUCACCGUGGGAGUGGGGGUUCCCCGCGUCCCACGCUGUCGCGACAGUCUUCCACGUCUACUUUCGCGACAUCCCCCACCAGCGCGCACGCCCUAAACAUGCCGCCCAAAAGGCCUUCGCUACAUGCUCCGCAGGAGCAACCCGUUCCAACCGCCGCCCUCAUCGCGGCCGACCACUUCCAGAAGGAGUUGGAUCUACAUCAGUCCGCAGACCUUCAAUCCCGAACCGUCGUUGUCCUCCACGAUGCCUGCUACGGCCACCGGUUUUCGCGUCCUAGGUCGACACGCACAACUUUGAACUCCAUCGUGGAGAGGCCGGAACGAAUUCAAGCCGGUGUGCUAGGUGUGUCCGCUGCAUAUGUCCGUUUGGCGCAUCGGUAUGCCGGCGGCCGCUUUCUCCCGCAUCUAGAUCUCAACCCGAGCCAUCUACCCGUGCCGCCAUUUCAGAUUCGGAGGACAGAGCGGACGAUGACCCUCGGAUCCCCCGCCGUCACACACGUGCAUGGAACAAAAUGGAUGGACGAUCUGAAGAGCAUGUGCGAUGCGGCGGAAUCCCGCCUGGCGCUGAAUGGGAAGGAAUUGACGCGACCCCGCAGCGCGGGCAAGGAUGGCGCCGCCGCGAAUGCGCCCGCGCUUCAUGAAGGGGAUCUGUACCUCUGCUCGGAGUCCUUGAAUGCGUUCGAGGGGGCUCUGGGGGGUGUCUGCGAAGGCGUGGAUGCUGUCCUCGGUCCCGGCUCCACGACACGCGCCUUCGUGUGCAUCCGCCCCCCGGGCCACCACUGCUCGUCGGGCCAUCCCUCCGGGUUCUGUUGGAUUAACAAUGUCCAUGUCGGCAUCUCCUACGCCGCCAUGACGCACGGUCUGACCCACGCUGCAAUCCUGGACUUUGACCUGCAUCAUGGCGAUGGCUCGCAGGAGAUUGCGUGGGACCAGAACCAGAAAGCGAUGACGGCCCCCAAAAACGCGGCCAGCUACAAGAAAGCCAUGACGGGUUACUUCAGCCUUCACGACAUCAAUUCCUACCCCUGCGAAGGCGGGGAGCCGGACAAGGUACGCAACGCCAGCGUCUGCAUUGACAAUGCGCACGGCCAGUCCAUUUGGAACGUUCACCUGGAGCCUUGGAAGACGGAGCGGGACUUCUGGGAGCAUUACGCUGCGAAAUACACGAUGCUGAUCGAGAAGGCUCGCGCCUUUUUACGUCGGCACACGGAGCGUCUUCUCGACACGCCCCAAGGGCCUCCGCCGAAAGCGGCCAUUUUCAUCUCCGCCGGAUUUGAUGCCAGCGAGUGGGAGAGCGCGGGAAUGCAGCGACAUAAGGUCAACGUCCCCACUGAUUUCUACGCCCGGUUCACCGCCGACGUGGUUCGCAUGGCGUCCGAGGAGGGACUGGGAGUCGACGGGCGCGUCAUCAGUGUUUUGGAAGGCGGAUACAGCAACCGCGCUUUGACGAGUGGCGUUCUGAGUCACCUGUCGGGCUUGAGCGAUUCGAGGAUGACUGCCGACGGCGUGGAUGAUUCGCAGAUGAAUCGACUGGCUGCAGAAAUGUCGGAUCGCCUGGGAAUCUUCGAUGCCGAGUCUCAACCGACUCCAGCGGCCCCGGCACCACCGGCUGCCUAUGACAGCGACUGGUGGUCCCCCGCCGCUCUGGAGGAGCUCGAGGCCCUGGUUUAUCCGCCGUCAGCACCGGUCAAGAGUCGCGAGAAAGCAGCGCCCACCUACUUUGCGCCCACGCAGUCAUUCACCGCCAAGGUGGUCUCCACGCCCCGCGAUCGCAGGUCCAACGGCUCGCAGAUCAGUCUGGACCACGAGGCGCCGCCAAUCCCCCCGGUUGGCUGGGCCACUGCAACCCACGAACUGUCGAAGAUCCUCAUCCCCAGCCAUCGGCAGACCGCAAGCUGUCGACCGGAGGAGCUCAAUGCCGAGGCGUCGCGCGUGCGCCGGGAACGAGUGGCGAGCACCCACGGCGCCGGCGGUGCGACUGCGCCCUCGGCCCCCGAGGGAAACCGCAGGAAGCUCCGGGAGAGAAAGCCCAAGACGUCGCUUCCAAGCACCCCCAAGACGGAGUCUCCCAAACGACCUGCGCCGAAGGACAACCGACGGACGACGAUCGAUCCCGCCAGCGACCUCCCGGAUGCGAGCAAGGACGAAGCCUCGCCUGCCAUGCGUGCGGUCCGCCGGAAGAGUGCCACGUCCACCUCCGCGUCGACGCGGCAACCCCCCGAGAGGCACACCGUAGGCGACCCCGAUCCAAGAUCCUCCUCUGGCGCAAAUUCUCGCCCCGGUACUGCCGCGGGCGGCCGCAAAACGAGCGGUUCGCGACCGACCACCCCAAGACACUCCGCGAGUCCGCGCAAGGCAUCGCCGGUGCCUCCAGUGCCGUCCGUCUUGCCGACCGAGGGGACCGGAGCGACUCCGCAGGAUGAGGUGGACAGUUUAGCGGCCGGGGUGCGCAAACUGAACAUCAAACUGAAGGUGCCGUCUCCAGAAGAGCACGCCGCUCGCGAAAGAAAGGCCGCCGAGGAACGCAAAAAGCGAUCGACCAAGCCGGCAAAGACCCCCAGAUCCCCCCGGAGGGGGCCCCUCGGCGUCAAAGGAUCGCAGGCCUCCACGAGCAAACCGGCCUCUCGUUCUUCUUCGGCUCCCAUUAGCUCUCAAGUCGACGCCCGCGCUUUGGCGCCGCAGACCGCACCCAGCAGCGUCGCCCACCCGACCGAAUCGGGGAAGCUGUCUGCAUCCGGCGGAUCAGAGACGACGAAUCUUGCCGAUCCGCAUGGCUGGACCGAUCUUGUUGAAGUCUCCAACCCGACGCCUCUACCCACAACGACGGCGAACAUGUCCCAGGUCGACGGGCCCCAUUCGACUUUAUUCUCGCCGCCGACCUCUGCCGGGGUCAACAAGAACGGAUUGCCUGUCUUCAUGUCCAGCGGACCGAUCCCCUUUGCAUCGUCGAGUGCUGCUCGGCAGAGCGAGAAUGAGACAUUCGAGCGAUAGUCGAAGGACACCACUCAUUUACAUUGGCACUGCCCGAUCAUCUACGGUUUUCUUUGUUUUUUGUCUUUCUUUUUUCUUUUCUGUGGGCCUUCCAGCCGAAGGAGUUAUUUCUGCUUGUUCUUGUGUUUGAUAUACCCCUCCAUGUUUCUAGUGAA